AAUAAAUAGAUAGAAAGAGAGAUAAAGAAACAAACAAGUGGUGUUGUUUUAGAGAGAGAAAGUGAGUGGUUUCAGCUAAGUUUGCUCAAACUGGCCCUCGUCUAUGCUGUAUUAGGCAGUUAAAGGAAAUACAAAGAUCUUUCAACUUCUCUCUUUCUUUUAUUACCUUUUCUUUCUUUCUUUCAAUUCAAUACCUACCUCGUAGCUUUGAUUUUUUAUUUUCUUCUUCUCUCAUUUCACAACCACAGCAACAUCAUAAACCUUUCUUUAUAAAUUUCCAAUUAUAUUUUCUUCAAAACAGAGGUACGGUCAAGAGGGAACAACAAAAACAGACACAUGCUUUAUAUAUAGUGUGAAUCAAAAUCAAAAAUCUAUGUACUAACUUACUUGUCUUUAUUUUUUUCUUCUUUCUAAGAUUAAUGCUUGUGUGAAGGUUUAUUUUCCCUUAAAAGAAAGAAUGUGGGAUCUGAAUGAUUCACCCGAUCAAAGAAAAGAUUACGAAUCAGAAGGUUGUUCAUCUAUUAAAACAUCAAACGACGGUGAUGAAGUUGAUGAUCAUCAUCAUAAAGGAAAAAGAGUUGGAUCUGUUUCAAAUUCAAGUUCCUCUGCUAUUGUAAUAGAAGAUGGAUCCGAAGAAGAAGAAGGUGAAAACGGAACGUUGAAGAAAAGAACUAGUAAGGUAUUUGGGUUUUCAAUGGAUAGUAGUAGUAGUGAGUGUCCACCGGUGACACGUCAGUUUUUUCCGGUGGAGGAUUCCGAUAUGGUGGUGACAUCUUCCGUUUGUGGCGGUGGUGGUGGUAGUUCUUCGUUUCCACGAGCUCAUUGGGUUGGUGUGAAAUUUUGUCAAUCGGAAAGUGUUGGAGGUGGAAAAUCAGUGGAAGGUUCUCAACCGAUAAAGAAGAGUCGUAGAGGACCAAGGUCAAGAAGCUCACAGUAUAGAGGUGUUACUUUUUACAGAAGAACAGGUCGAUGGGAAUCACAUAUAUGGGAUUGUGGAAAACAAGUGUAUUUGGGUGGAUUUGACACGGCACAUGCAGCUGCUCGUGCAUAUGAUAGAGCAGCAAUUAAGUUCCGAGGAGUAGAGGCAGACAUCAACUUCAAUAUUGAAGAUUAUGAAGAGGAUUUGAAGCAGAUGAGUAAUUUAACGAAGGAAGAGUUUGUGCACGUACUUCGGCGACAAAGCACAGGAUUUCCCAGAGGUAGUUCUAAAUAUAGAGGUGUAACUUUGCACAAAUGUGGAAGAUGGGAAGCUCGUAUGGGUCAAUUCUUAGGCAAAAAUUUGAUUCGAUUUACCAGGUACGUUUAUCUGGGUCUGUUUGACACCGAGAUUGAAGCUGCAAGGGCAUAUGACAAAGCAGCAAUAAAAUGCAAUGGCAAAGAGGCUGUUACUAAUUUUGAUCCCAGCAUCUACGAUAAUGAGCUUAAUACUGAAUCUCCAAGUAACGCUGCGGAUCACAAUUUGGAUUUGAGUUUGGGAAAUUCAAGCUCUAAAUGUAGCAAUAGUCUUCAAGCAUUUGGGAAUUACAAUACAAAUGCAAUUACCACUGAUCAGCAUAUGGCACCUGAAUCAAAUUGGCGGAAUGGUGGAAUCAAGCCUAAGGCUGUGAAUAUACUACCAAAACCAUGUAAUGUAAGGGAUGGGUAUGGGGAGAGUGAAGCCUUACGGAUGCUAAGCCAAACUCACCUUCAAUCUCCAACUGCAGCUACUAAUACUGAAAUGCAUAGAUAUGGUACCUUAUACAGGUCACCUGUUGAACAACAUCAUCAAAUGCUUCACACUUUUCCACAUCUUCAUCCGUCAAAUUUUCAUGUCGGUUUCCAGCAGCAGCAGCAGCAAUGGAGGCCGUAUAGGAAGUGAUCUAUCAUUAUCAUCAAUGUCCGAUCAACAAAAGUGGCAAACGGGUCCUCCACCACAUUUGUUAGCAACUGCUGCUGCAGCAUCAUCAGGAUUCCCACCUCAGAUUAUAAGACCCUCUUCUCAACCUUGGCUGCACAAAAAUUCUACUACUACUAUUGGCUUCCACACUCUCAUGAGACCCUCUUGAUCAAAUUCAUUUCACAACCUUGUAGCCAAUAUUUAAUUACAUUCAAAUAAUUUUUUACCUUUCUCUUUACCAUGUACAAAAUGGAUGCGGUUUUAAACUAGUAUAUUUUUUGAUCAAAUUGUUGUGUCCUUACAAAACCAUAACUUUACUAUUGAGGUGAAAGAAGUGAUGAUAAAAGUAAGCCAAAUUGGGAACACUCAUUGGUCUUGUUCUGAGUCAGUCAAACUAAGAAACGGACGAAAAUAUUCUGCCCUC